AUGUACCGGAAACUAACAAAGAAACCCACAGGCUUGCUGUCGUCAAUUUGGAUUGGGGUCAAGUGGCGGUACUAUUAUGCUGUAGUGGAAUGUGAUUCUAGUGCUACAGCAGAUUACCUAUAUAAAAGAUGUGACGGGCUUGAGUUUGAAGGAUCAUCAAACAAGCUGGACUUGAGGUUUAUUCCAGAUUCUAUGGAGUUUAAGCAUCCUCCCCAUGAUGUUGUAACAGAGGUAUUGGAGUUGGCUGGGAAUGCAGCAAGGGAUAACAAGAAGAAUUGCAUAGUGCCAAGGCACAUUCAGCUUGCAGUAUUGGAGUUGGCUGGGAAUGCAGCAAGGGAUAACAAGAAGAAUUGCAUAGUGCCAAGGCACAUUCAGCUUGCAGUGAGGGAUGAUGAGGAGCUUAGCAGGCUUUUGUGUGGAUUCUAUUUUCCAAAUUAG